ACAAAAUUCAAAGGCCGAUCAUCCCUAAAGCAGUAUAUGCCGAUGAAACCGGUAAAACGUGGAAUAAAAAUGUGGCUACGUUGUGAUGCUCAAUCAGGAUACACAUACGAUUUCAAUAUCUAUGCUGGGCGAGAAACGGAGGCACAAAUAGGUACAUUGGGAGAGCGAGUGGUGAACUCCCUUGCUUCUACAAUCCGCCAAGAUGAUGUAACUCUUUGUUUCGAUCGUUUUUUCACAACAGUGAAUUUAUUGGAAACAAUAAAAUAUCCCGCAUUGGGUACAUGUAUGAGCAAUCGCAGGAAUCUACCAAAAAUCGACACAAAGUUGGAGAAAAGUCAGUACGUAUUCAAAUGUACGCCAAAAGGAUUGCUAUAUGUCAAGUGGCGGGAUACAAAGGAUGUAUGUGUUCUGAGUAAUUGCCAUUCAAAUGAUGUAACCACUGUUAAAAAAACACAAAAGGAUGGUAAGAAAGUCACAGUACAAUGUCCUGCUAUGAUUGCAUUUUAUAGAGAAAUCAUGGGAGGGGUCGACUUAGCCGAUCAGAUGUCAGGCCUUUAUGAACUAGAUCGGAAAUCCACCAAAUGGUGGAAGAAAAUAUUUUAUAGGCUGAUGAUGAUGGCUGCAGUUAAUUCUUGGAUAAUAUACUGUCAACUCAAGAAAAAAAAAUUCCUUUCAAAAGUUUUCUUGUUCUGCUUGCUGAAGAAUUAGUAUCAGAAGGCAUGAAAACCACAUCAGUCAAAAGAUCAUCAAAGAAUGGGCGCUUAUCAAAAAAGGGGAAAACAAUGAAAAACGUCUCAUUACAUUUACCUUACGAAGGAGGAACAAGAAGGCGUUGCAAAAGGUGCACAACACUCGGAAAACAAUCGAGGACAAAAAUGGUUUGCAAAGAAUGCGACUUACCACUUUGCAAAUCAUGCUUUGCCGAUUAUCAUAUGUCAUAAUAAUAGCCGAUAAUAUCUUAGUAACACAGUUUUAUAAAAUUGUCUUUGUUUACAAACACUUUGUAUAAAUAAAAGUGAGUUUGAAAGUACUUGUUGUAU